AGGUGCUGCUGAGUGAUGAGAGUCUGUUCAUCAUGAAGGUCCUGCUGCUGCUGCUGCUCCUCACAGUGUCAGGAUGUGACAACAUCAGCGUUGUUGGUCAGACAGGUCAGGAUGUGACUCUGAGAUGUAGAUAUAAUAUAAAAUACUAUGGAGUGUUGGGUAUUUGCUGGGGUCGAGGGGAGUUACCGCUAAAUGGCUGCAGCAAUCAGCUCAUUGGUACAGGUGAAUAUAAAGAAGAGACCAGAGAUUCCAGCAGGUAUCAGCUACUGGGUCGACUGGAUGAAGGAGACGUUUCUCUGACGAUCCAGAACCUCAGAGAGGAAGAUGCUGGAACAUACGGAUGCAGAGUGGCGAUACCUGGACCGUUCAAUGAUCUGAAACAUCAUGUUGACUUGACUGUUGAGAGAGGUCUGCCUCCAUCACCUCCACCAGAGACGCAGACGCCCACAGAGAGACCAGAUUCUGCUGGGACCACAGCAGAUCUCAUGACCACAGAGAACCUCCUGACUUCCUGCACUGACAGCAGCACCACAGCUGAGCGUCAGCAGGAAGGCAGCAAUCUGGUGGUGGUUCUGGUGUGUGUUCUGUUCCUCUUCGUGGUUCUGGUCUCUUCAGCUGGACUCUUCAUUAUGGCCAGAAGAUGGAGGCAGCUCAAACUGCCUCAGCAGCACCAGGUCCACUUCAGCUCCACCGCCUCCACCCUGCAGCUGGAACAUCGAGACUCAGCGGUGGAGAACGUCUAUCAGAUAGAUGGAGGAGAUCAGAUAGCAGAGGGAGGCGAUUACGAGGUCUGCCCCUGAAGCUCAGAGGCUCCGCCCACGCACCGUGAAGCUCCGCCCACUUCCUGCAGCUGAUUGGUUGUAUUGGAGCAACAUGAAGGAACUAAAACACCUCAGAGGCUGUUAGCAUUUAGCAAACAGCUUCAAAUAAACUUCUUUAACUCAGGAGAGGAAACAUUUAGAAACUGUUUCUGUUUCUCCUGGAGUCAGAUUUACUCUGAGGACGUCGUGAGGAUUAACGAAUCAAGGAUGGCAGAAAAGCUGCAACAGGAGAAGAGAACCAUCAGCAUUAGAAAGCAUCACCCAUUCAGUCACGUGCUGCACUCAUUGGAUGUUUAUGCUGGAUAUUAACGUCAUAUAGCUGGGGUUUGACACUAUCCAUGAUUUAUAUCCCAGUUUUUACACUUCAUCACUGUAGUAGUGCCGCUCUAACAGGAAUCUGGACCCUGACCUUCAUCCCCACCAGCAGAACAGAACCUUCCUGUAGCUUCUCCUCACAGCAGAAGGUGUUUUUCACCAGAUCAGUUUAGCUUUACUUUAACCAGAACCGGCACCAAGCUGACCUGGGUCCAGUUCAGAAAAUGAUGCAGAACACCUGACCCGUGUUCAGGGUCGGUGACUGAACCAGCAGCUUUUUAAACGCAAGACACGUUCACUAGAGAAAACACUCACAUGAAACUGUUUUAGGUUUAAAAUAAAUAUGGAGCACCAGAGGGGAGGAGCUACAUUCUUCUUCUGCUGAGUUCAGGCCCAGACGGGCCUCAAAAGAACCAGUUCAGCUGAUGUUGGCUAAAGAACAGCCGCAGGGAUCAGAAUAAAAUGUUCACGGCUGAGCAAAUAAUCACAGCUAAAUUAUUCACCGUUUGACGAGAACAGCAGAGACAAACUUCAUCAUUUUAUCAGAACCAGAACCGUUCUCCAGACAGACAACAGAACCGUUCUCCCUGUAAUUAUCAUCUGACUGAAACUCUCUGCUGGGCCGGAGUGAUGCGUUCAGGCGCAUUCAGAGAAACUGAACUUGUUUGAUGCAGAUCGGCUGAAUAGGCUGAGAAAGUAGGGGAGAAUUCUCCGGUACCAAGCGUAACCGUCUCAGGUCUUAUUGGACCGAUGGCGGCUGCUUUGUCUCGUUCAAUAAUUAUAAAUAUGAGCGAAUUUAUAUCAAUUUGUUCACAGGUCCGUUCUCCAGCCCAGAUUAUGCAAUACUAGACAUCUCCUUCCCUACGGAUGCUGAUGAAGCAACUUUAUAUCUAGGUGUCCCUGCAGAACCGCAGUAACACUGAGUGGACGGGUCAGAACUUUCUCCCUAAAUGAACCUUUUACAGUUAUAAAAAAAAACAUCCUAAAAUGCGACCUAGUGACUGAGACCUCCAGUCACGGUUCUGCAUUAACCGGGCUGCGUCUCAUUGGUGUCACACAUGGGUCCGGUUCUGAUCCACCUCCUACGCAGUCUGCCAUGGUCUUCAACAUUUAGGUCAGGGCUCCAGGUUUUUAAUCGCUUUAGAUUGUUUUCUCUGAGGAGACGUGAAGAAAGUGUAGAAAAAGGUACAUAUUGUAUUAAUGCUGUGAUUUAAAGGCAGUUUUUAAGGUUUAGGAAGUUCUUUGGGCCUCUGAAUGCGGUGCUGUGGGUCCAGUAGCAGUGGAGACGUGGUUCUGACGUCUCUCAGCGUGACAUGAUCAGGAAUAAUCAGCAUGCCUGGUUUGUUGGGCAACGCCGUGUGUGUGUCAUCAUAAUCUGAUGCUUGGUCAUCAUUCCCCCCCCGACCCGAAGGCAGAAAUUCAAACUAAAGUCGGUGCCUCUGACAGAAAGAUGAUUCACGCUGCGAGGCUUUAAUGCCACAGACGGUGAAUCAUAAACUGAGAAUUAAAAAGUCAGACCGGAAAAUGUUUCCUUUUCUAAGAAAUGUGCAGCAGAUCCUGUUCUAACCUCACAGUUUCGUUUCUUUAUAGAAAAUCUCCUUCCAUUACUCACAUUGUUCUCCUCGUAAUUCCUCCUCUUUUCAUCCCAGCGUCUUUAAUUCUCGGCUCUUUACGUUUUCUCUCUUUCAGAUUUAAUUUUAGUAAAGAUUUCUGUAGCAACAGAUAAAACCAUCUGAAAAGUUUCACUUGCUUUAAUUUCAAUUCAAUUCAAUUUUAUUUACAUAGUGCCAUUUUAUGAAACAUGUCAUCUCAAAGCUCUUUACAAAGUCAAAUUCAAUCAGAUUAUACAAAUUGACAUUCACAUUUUGGCAGAUAUUUUAUUGAAGACUAAUGAACCGAGAGAAUAUUCUAUUAUUUUUGCUGAUUUCAUUCAAUGGUCACUUCCUGUGGCUCCAGCUCACUUCAAAUGUGGAAGUAAAAUGAUGUUAUGCAAAUAAAGAUGUAAAUUAAAUAAACUGGAGGAUUUA